GCAACCCCAACCCGAGGAGGAGGAGGAAGCUGCAGAGGGCCAUCCUGGGCAGAGUGACGAGUCAGACGAGUCCGAGGAGGGGGAAGAGGAGUCCGAGGAGAAGGGCCUGAGGGAGCCCGGCAGGGAGGAGAAAGAGGGCCGGGCCAGGGAGAGGCAUGUGGAGGAAGGACAGAAGGCCAAGCAGCGACACGCGAGGGAGGAAGACGAAGCACUGCGGGGAGUGUGAGAAGUGCCCCUGCCAGGACAGUGACAGGAGCCAGCACUGCCGCGCCUGCCAGUAUUGCCAGUUCUGCUACAUGUGCCCCAUCCUCUGUGAGACAGCCUGCCAGCCAGGGAGCAUCAUGGAUCAGCUCUCGGGGGCCUUGGUCCAGUCAGUCUCAUCGAUCUUUGACCACGAGGAGCAGUGACCGGCUCCCGGGAAGAACUCGGGGAGACCCUGGCUGACCUCUGCCUCUCAUGGGUUAAAAGAUGCCAAGCAGCAGGGAAUCCGGCCCCUCUCACCAGGCUACUGGGCUCCCUGGUGCCCAGCGGGGCUGGCGGGGCAG